GCUAAAAUACCUUUCGCUCUCGUCUUUUCCGUUUACGCUCUUCAAUCAUCCCAACCCUAGAUUUUGCUGCCGGUGCCCGUAGCCACUCGCCCACUAACACUCAGCCAAUCAGACCUCAGCUACUCUGCCUUACUCCGGCGCUUCCAGCGGCCAGACGCACACUGCUCAGCAGCAGCUUACUCCGCUUCAAGGCUUCCACCCACCCAGCCACCGUCCACGACUUCACGGGUUACAGUAUCAAAGACGGGAGCGUGAAAUGGCAAAUCAAGGUGCGAAGAAACGCAAGGAAGAGAACGCUCGCCACAUGGCGAACCUCCGCCGCAUCAUCAUUGCCUGCAAUGUUAUCUAUGUGCUGGUGAGGAUGGUGGUUUUCCAUUCAAGUUUCACCUGGAAGCAUUGGAUUGGUCUGAUUCUCACGUCUGUGGCUUAUCUGAUUCCCUACCAACAACUUGCCAGAAUGGCUCAGCCCGCUUAUUCUGAUGAUGGGGAGCUUUUCGAUGGUGGUUUUGAUAUGACUACUGGUGGAGUUUGUGGCUAUUUACAUGAUGUAAUUUACAUUACAAGCUUCGUACAAGUGAUGUCUAUCAUCUCUGAAAAGUUUUGGUACACUUACUUGGUGCAACCUUCUUGUCAGAGCAAGCCACAAUUCCAUAGCAUUCUUACGUCACACCCAGAUCAACAAGAAUCACCACUGGCAAAACAAGCUAGUAUAGACCGAGACACCCAACUCACCAUUCAGCCCCUAGGAACCACCCAUCUUGCUGGAAACAGUCAAGGACACCAGAAGACGCAGACCGGGGAGUUGGAAGUUCUCAGACAGCCACAGAAACUGCCAUUGAAUGCCUCCCAUCACCUGCUCCUCUCCGGUCUGUACGUGCUUUAUGGAAAGGGCUAAAAACUAAUGAAAGAAGCAGGAGUUCAACUCAGAGAGAAGGAACCGUGCGACAGAGACUCAACGAGAGAGGAAGGAUGUGACGCAGCAGCUAUUCAGCCAGAAACACAAAAGGAGUCUCUGGUGGAUGAACAGGACAGCCAGAAGCAACCAGGAUGAUGGGCGGUCUUCGGCCGGCUGUUUCUGGCUGUCCUGGUGGUUUUCCGACUCUCCCUGUGGCGGUUCUUGGUGGGCACAAACUUGCUAUAUAGAGAGAAAGCAACGGAGGAGAAAGGGAAAUCUGGUGAGAAAAGCUUACCUUGGCAGCGCAAUGAUGGCUGGUCUGGUAAUUUUUGGGGUUGAAUAAGGUGAUUGAAGGCAGUGGAUGUCUCGGUUUUUGCUGGCUUGCUUGGGUAGUGGUUUGUGGUGGUCUGGGUGUGAGGGAAGUGGAGGUGGGUACUGGAAUGGUGAGCGACGGUGGCCUGCUGUGAGGAUAGAAUGCUACAGUUUUGGAGAAAUUGAGAGGGAGAGGAGAUUUAAAGAUGGAGAAAGGGUGUUCAAUGUGCUCAAUCGAAGUUGGUUACUGACUGCUUUAACGCUAAGCUGCUGAAGGCUCAACCAAGAGGAGAGAGAGAAUGAUGGAAGCUUAAGGCAUUGCACAGUGGUUUAUGAUAAUAUUUAAAAUAAAUAAGUAAACCAAAAAUUAUUUUAUGUUCUAAUUUAGGAUCCGUAUGUUACAUGUAUACAUCUGACGAUCAAUCUAUGUUCACCCUGUUUGUAGAAGAUACGAGCUUAAGCAUCAAAUCCUAGAAUUGAUAGUUCCUAUAAUUUGAUAAAGUCGAUGCAGUGGUUGUUACUAGACAUGAGGUGGCUUGGGCUUUUGCUGAUCCACAUUUUCUUCCUCAUUUUGAGAGGUUUUUCCCUAUGGUUUAGAUAAUCUAAUGAAACGUGCAGUGCAAAUUCCUAGGUUCAAGACUUAAUAUUUGAAUUGUUCUGCCUUGCUUUCAUGUUUGAUAUGGUAUUUUGAUCAAAUAUAGACUCUUGACUGUAUUGAGGCUUUUCUGGCGAAAGGGAAGUAACUAAGUUCUGGAUAUUUGUAAGACUUCAAUACAUGUAGAAGAUUUUUUAUAGACUGGAGAAGUUUUAUUAAAUUUUUAUUUCUGUAGAAGUAGAAAAUGCUUUAUAUGUAAUACAACUAUCUUCUGAA